AUGAAAAAUAAAGCAUUCUCUGAAAUUUUGGGUUAUGUUUCGAUAAUUAGUUUUUUGGUUUUUUUUGUUCCACAAUAUUACGAAGACUAUAAACGAAAGUCGAGCGCUUCUAUAUCGUUGAGUCUCCUUUUUUUAUGGGCUAUAGCUGAUGUUUUCAACUUAAUAGGUUCAAUAUUGCAGGACCUAAUUCCAACUGUGAUACUACUUGCAAUAUUUUAUAAUAUCGCUGGCAUUCUCUUAAUUAUCCAAGUUUUAUAUUACCGUUAUCGCGAAAUUCCCAGUGAAAUUAUAAAUGAUAAUAAUGAGAGUGCUGGGAAAUCAGAAACUUCAUAUCAAAUAAAACAAAACUCCACUUCCACCACCUCCUCAACUUUUUCACGACAUAAACAAUUUUUCGUAAUAUUAGUUGGAACCUUUUGUGUUUUUUUUAUCGGAAUAAGUCUCUCUAGAAUAUCGGCUUUAUCAUUUGAAAAUAUUAACAAUGAUAAUGAACAAUUUAAAUUUUUACCUCAACUUUUAGGUUGGUUCAGCACUAUUUUCUAUCUUGGAUCGAGAAUUCCUCAAAUUAUUAAAAACUACAGGUUAAAGUCUACAAAAGAUCGUGACUAUUUAUUGACAAAUUUACCAUGGUUAUGUGGAAAUGGUGGAACUAUAUUUUUCGAUUUUGUGCUUUGUUUUAAAUGUCGAUCUUUUGUAUAUAUCGAUAGAAAUCAUGCACAUAAAGAUUUUAGACAUGACGCAUCUUCAAGUAUUGUUCCCUUUUCAUAA